CUUCAAUUGCUUUUCCUUCUCUCGUUUAUAUGACUUUUUCUUUCAUUCUAAUACUAAAAGACGAGCCUAGUGUCUAAAUAGAUAUCAACCUGUGUACAUAUUUUUGAACUCAAUAGUAUAAAAGCGAUGAAUAUGUUGCAGAAAAUAAUUCCCGUCACUUUAUUCUCGAGAAAUAAAAAAAAAAAGGACAAACAAGAGGCUUAUGAUGAUGAGGAUGAUGAUGCGACAAAUGAUGGGUCGCAGCUGAAACGUACAGAGACCUCAACUUCUUACAUGCAAAGCAAAAGAUACAUUUACGUCAACAUGCCUCUGCCUGCCUCAGAGUAUGAUAGCAGUGGAAAUCAGAUCCAUCAUAAUUAUGCCAGCAAUCGUGUCCGUACAGCUAAAUAUACCCCUAUUUCUUUCGUCCCGAAGAAUCUUUUUGAACAGUUCCGAAAUGUAGCAAACCUGUAUUUUUUAUUUCUGGUUAUCUUGCAGUGUAUACCUUUGUUCGGAGUGACAGAACCUGCUGUUUCCGCGCUCCCUUUGAUAUGUAUUCUUGUUAUUACCGGCAUAAAGGAUGCUAUAGAAGAUUGGAAGAGAAACCAGAGCGAUAUCAAAGUAAAUAAUUCAGAAGUAUUACGACUGUCAAAUUGGAAAAACCUCAAUGUUCCUGAGGUGAAGAAAGGCACAUGGCAUUUUUUGCAUAUAAUCAUAGGCUUUUUCUCAGUUUUAUCAGGCUCAGAGAAUCGAUAUGCGCAUAUUUAUAGACAUUCAAAGCCAAGUUAUUCUGUAGUCAUUAAGUCAGCAACUCCUACAACACCCACUGACAAAAAAGGAGUGUCUAAUCAAUCUUUCCAAACGUCCUUUGAAGAUCGAAGACCACUGACUGAAAUCGAACAUCUGCAUGAGAAUAAUAGCAAUAGCCAUGGCAAUAGCAAUAACGACAACAAUGACAGCAGCCCACGUCCUGCAACCGCGAAACAAUCAAUCAUGACAUCCGUUCGAAAACGGUCUAAUACCAUUCGAUCAGGUGUUUCCAGUAUAUUCAGCAGAAAUAAUAGCAGCACAGCCAUACAACUCACUCCUAGAAUAAGAAAGCCUUAUCGACCUGGCGCAAUUCCUCAUUCUGUACUUUAUCGUACAUCUACGAGAGAUUCAAAUACAGCAACAGCUCCUUCGAAUUCAUCAGAACAGUAUCCGCAAGAUAAUCAAGUAAACAAUACCCAUUUAUCGUAUCCUUUGCAACCAAUUACAAGCGGUAGAUCAGUAACAAAUAGCAUGUAUACGACAAUAACGAGUCCAAAGACAGAAGAGAAUCCUAUCACGAGUAGUCAUGUCAAAUGGGAUACUGUGAAAUGGAAGAAUCUUAAUGUUGGUGACUAUGUCAAACUGGAAAAUAAUGAUAAUAUUCCUGCUGAUAUUGUCAUUCUAUCUACAUCUGAGACAGAUAAUAUAUGUUACGUCGAGACACAGAAUUUGGAUGGCGAGACGAAUUUAAAGCAACGUCAGGGUUUACCAGGCACAGCUGGUAUUCGUAACGAAUUUGAUUGUGAACAAGCGCGGUUUUACAUAGAAAGUGAACCACCGCAUGUCAACAUUUAUCAGUACAAUGCUGUGUUACGUUGGCAAAUCGUAGAUGAGGAUGAAGCUGAAUAUACAGUCCAGCGUCGUCACUCAGGUGUAUCGCAUGAAAAAGCAGAUGCAGUAACUUAUAACAAUAUUCUUUUGAGAGGUUGCGUACUACGGAAUACAAAAUGGGCAAUUGGCAUUGUUGUCUAUACAGGAAAUGACACAAAAAUUAUGUUAAACUCGGGUCGUACACCGUCCAAGCGUAGUAAAUUGGCGAAGGCAACCAAUCCUCAUGUAAUUGCCAAUUUUGGCAUUCUGGCAGCAAUAUGCAUUAUCAGUUCUAUAAUGGACAGUGUUCAAUUUAAUAACAAUGGUUCGUCAAGAUAUUUCGAUUAUGGUAUUGAAAAAGCGAGCGCAUCAUAUUCGGGAUUUGUUACAUUCUGGGUUACUUUGAUUCUAUAUCAGAAUAUUGUGCCUAUCUCGUUAUACAUCUCUGUAGAAAUUGUUAAAACAUUAGCUGCUUAUUUCAUUUUUGCAGACCUAGAAAUGUACCAUUCACAAACAGAUACGCCAUGUAUACCAAAAACUUGGAAUAUUUCUGAUGAUCUAGGACAGAUUGAAUACAUAUUCUCAGAUAAAACAGGAACAUUGACGCAGAAUGUUAUGGAGUUUAAAAAAUGUACCAUUGAUGGCGUCAAAUACGGUUUAGGGACGACCGAAGCGACGCAUGGCGCUUUAAAAAGUAGUGGUAUUUUUCAGAAUUCAGAGCUGUAUACAGCUGACCAGAUUGAAGAGUUCAAAGACGAAAUGUUGAACAAACAAAGCCAACUUUUCAAAAAUCCAUAUAUUGGGCCGAAUCCAACAUUUGUUGCGCCAGAACUAUUUGAUGAUUUGUGUAAUGCGGAAAAGGGCGAUGCGAAGCAACAACAACAGGCAAAUGCCAUUACCCACUUUUUCCAAAGCUUAGCUCUAUGUCACACUGUCAUAGCUGAACGUCUUGAUGAAGCCAACAAGAACCAUAUAGAAUAUAAGGCUCAAUCACCGGAUGAAGCAGCAUUGGUAGCAACAGCUAGGGAUAUGGGAUUCGUGUUUUUAGGCCGUGACAGCAACAAGCUGUAUUUGAGUAUUAAAGGCGAGCAAAAAAUUUUCACUUUAUUAAAUGUUUUGGAGUUUAAUUCGACGAGGAAACGCAUGAGUGUCAUUGUCAAGCCUGCAGAUAGCGACCGUAUUGUCCUGCUAUGUAAAGGCGCUGAUUCUGUUAUUUAUGAGCGUCUGUGCACUGAGUUCGGUGACCAAACAGAUUUAAAGCAAGCGCAAGAUAAUCUGAAAAGCACUACUUUACAGCAUUUAGAACAGUUUGCAAACGAAGGUUUACGUACAUUAUGUAUUGCGUAUCGGUUUAUUUCCGAGAAAGAAUAUAGAAUAUGGAAUAAAAAGUACCAGGAGGCUGCAGCAAGUAUCUACAACCGAGAAGAACGUUUGGAUGCCGUUAACGAAAAAAUUGAACAAAAUAUGCUACUAAUGGGAGGAACAGCCAUUGAAGAUAGAUUGCAAGAGGGUGUGCCUGAGACAAUCGCUGAAUUAGCCAAAUCCGGCAUAAAGCUUUGGGUUCUCACUGGCGAUAAAAGCGAAACAGCUAUCAAUAUCGGAUUUGCCUGUAAUCUUCUCACUACGGAUAUGGAGUUGCUCGUUUUAAAAUCCAACAAUCGUGUGGAAACAGCACAAUUGUUAAAAGAUACGCUUCGGCGAAUCGACAAAGGUGAAGCUACCAUGACAGAUGAAACAAGUAGCAGAAAAUACGCGCUUGUUAUUGAUGGAACAACAUUGAAGUACGCUUUGCAGGAAGCCACGUCUGAUAAACUGCUUGCUAUCGGUAUGCGUUGCGCUAGUGUUAUUUGUUGUCGUGUAAGUCCAAUGCAAAAAGCCCAAGUUGUAUCUCUUGUUAAAAAGAAAUUGAAGGUAAUGACCUUGGCUAUCGGCGAUGGUGCUAAUGAUGUCUCGAUGAUUCAAGAAGCCAAUGUUGGCAUCGGAAUUUCAGGUGUCGAAGGCAGGCAAGCGGUUAUGGCUUCAGAUUAUGCUAUUGCUCAAUUUCGCUUUUUGAAAAAGCUGUUACUUGUUCAUGGAAGAUGGUCUUACCUGCGUAUAUCUGAAAUGAUUAUGGGUUUCUUUUUCAAAAAUAUUGUCUGGUCAUUUGUCUUAUUCUGGUAUCAGUGUUUCUGCCAAUUUAAUGGUUCUAUGAUUUACGAUUAUGUUUUAAUAACGCUUUACAAUUUGGUAUUUACCUCACUUCCCAUAAUAGCUAUGGCUAUUUGGGAUCAGGAUCUUAAUGCAAGUCUCUCCUUAAAGUAUCCACAAUUAUACCGCAUGGGUUUAAGGAAUGACAAGUUCAAAGUAUGGCGAUUCUGGCUUACAACACUGGACUCAAUUUAUCAGUCUGCUGUUUGCUUUUUCUUCCCUUAUAUGCUACUUAAAGGAGGCCCUAUUGACUCUCAUGGAUUUGAUGCGAACGGCCUGUAUGAGAUCGGUACCAUUAUUUCUAGCAUCUCUGUUUGUGUAGCCAAUUUUUUUGUUGCUACAUGUCUAUACAGUUUUACUUGGCUGCAAGUGUUCAUCAUUGCCAUAUCCAUUCUGGUGUAUUAUGUUUUUGUGUGUAUUUAUUCUCAAUUUAAUACGUUUAUUUUUGCUGGUCACAUUCGACUGUUUGGUUCUGGGGCAUAUUGGCUUAUGCUUAUGUUAACCAUCAUUACAUGCUUCCUACCCCGCAUGGUCGCUAAUCAUUAUCUUCACCAAUACAAUCCAUAUGAUAACGAUAUUAUCCGUGAAAUCGAAUUGGUGUCAAAAAAGAAACCCAGUCAAAGGCGUUCCGUCACUGCAACCUAUGAAGAUCAUGAAAGAAGAGAAGGCGACUUCAUGGAUGUAGACAAAGAGUUGGCGACUGAGGAUGUGAUACAAUGCCAAUCUUCUAAGCAUUGUGAAACUGUUUAAAACAGCCAGCAAAAAAAAACUUAAUACGAUUUUUUUUUUUUUUUUUACGCUAGACU